AUGUCAAUGUUAUUAAAAUCAGCUACUAGAUUGACACUUGAAAAGUCAGUGUCAUCAUUCAACAGAUCAUAUGCUGUAGGCACCAACGUUUUAGCUACACCACAUAGCUUUGUCGAUCAAUUCAACAAGAUUCAUUCAUCAAACCAAAUAUUCGAAGGAAAGAAGGUUGUUGUCGUUGGUAUCCCAGGUAACAACCCAAUAGAUACUUUCCAUCAUGUACCAUCAUUCACAAAGAACGCCGAUAAGAUUUUUGCCAAGGGUGUUGAUUAUAUUGUUUGUUUAUCUACAUAUGAUGUCCCAAUUUUAAGAGCAAACAGAAUUAGUUUGGAUCCAUUAAACAGAGUAAUGAUCAUUAUUUCAACAACAAGUUUAAUAUUAACAAUUCUCACUCAUCUUAGCGAUACAAAUGCUGCAUUUGCAAAGGAAUAUAAUUUGGCAGAAGAGAAAUACUUGCCAACCACCAAUUCAAAUGCUCCAGUUGAUAGAUUCAAGAGAUUCGCUUUGAUUGUCAAUAAUGGCAAGGUUGUUUAUGAAGGUCUUGAAAAGGAUCAAAAUGAAUGCUCUGCAACAAAUGCUGAAGCUGUAUUAAAGAAUCUCUAA